AUGCUGUCCGAGGCGUCAGACACCCCGUUGGAUGUCUCGAUGGCAAUCGACAGCUUGUUCAUGUUCUUCUGUACCUACCUUUUACUGUGUUUGGUGCUAGGCAUGUCGAUAUUCUACUCGGGCCUUAUCCAAAGAAGAUCAUCUUUCACGAUACUACUGAUACCGGUAUUGAUUCUGGCUGGAGUGUUUCUAGAUUGGUUUUUAUGGGGAUAUUCGCUUUGUUAUUCACCGUCUUCGAAUAGGUUUAUCGGCAAUUUUGGGUUUGCUGUGUUAAGACAACUUCGGGACCCGCUCCAGCGGGUUUACAGCACGCCUCGAGGAGACAUUCUUUCCAUCAUGCAUUUUCUUUUCAAUGGACUUCUUAAAGUGAUAUGUGCUGUGAUUACAUUUCCAGGAUGUGCUGCUGAAAGAGGUAGGAUUGUGCCCAUGCUUGUUUUCAUAUUCUGCUGGUCAGUAAUAAUUUAUAAUCCUAUAUCUUACUGGUACUGGAAUGAAGAAGGCUGGCUUUCUACUCAAUUCGAUAAAACUCCGGUUAUGGACUUUGCUGGAGGAACAUGUAUCCACGUCGUCAGCGGUUUCACUGCAUUAGCAUAUUCAUAUAUCUUGGGGCCUCGAAAUCCAAAGUUGGUGGCAGACUAUAGAAGUUCCAAUAACAGUAACAUGGUAAUUGGUAUGUGCUUUAUGUUGGUGGGAUGGUGUGGGUUUAUUGCUGGAUGUGAUUUCAAAUUAUCACCGACGUCGUUCUACAUCGUUGUUAAUACCUGGCUCAGCGCCUGCUCUGCUGGCAUAGUAUGGACGCUUAUUGAUUUUUACACCUCGGCAAUACCGUUAGACGAGGAAGAACUGGAAGGGAUUGAACUUGAAGACUUGGAUAGCAAUGGGCUAGGAUUGUCACCCGAAGGCACAACUCCAGUGACUGCGAGGAAGAUAUCCAUGGUCUCCUUUACAUCGGGAGCGAUCUGUGGUCUCGUGGUUUUCACACCAGCUGGUGGUUAUAUUUCAUCGCACUCAUCAUUCUGGAAAUCAAUUGUCUUCGGUAUGAUUGGAGGGCUUGUUGGAAACCUUUCAACGAGAAUCAAGUAUUUUCUUCGCAUAGAUGAUGCCCUCGACAUUUUUGCAGUGCAUGGUGUCUGUGGCGUUACGGGUACUCUUCUAGUGGGUAUAUUUGCUGACGAAGCGUUUGAAGCUUCAGGUGGUUGGGUUGUCGGGAACUGGGUUCAGUUGGGAUAUCAAGUUUUAGGUUGCGUUGUCACUUCACUCUAUUCGUUCAUCAUGAGUUUGGUUUUGCUAUACAUUAUUGAUAUGAUCCCUGGUCUACAUCUACGCAUCGAUAAGACUUUUAACCUGAGAAUGAGGAAUAACUUGCGCAACCACUGGGGAUCUGAAGAAGGUCAGAUUGACGACCUAGAUGUUGAUAUCGGUCUCGAAAGAGCUGAACUAUUGGGCUCAGAUUGGUAUGAAUUGAACGGUGAGUACUCCAUGGACUUCAUGGAGUUCAUCAAAGUGGUUGAUCCGCAAGACUAUACGGACCACAUUUCUGCAGAAGGCAUCAGCCCUCCAGAAAGUGAGUUCAGUGAAUACGAUACAAGCGAUCUACAGCUCCGGAAGCGUGAUGUGCUACCACAUAGGGAACGUUGA